AUGCUGGAGAACGGCUCCCUGAGGAACUGCUGUGACCCGGGCGGGCGAGGCCGCCUCGGCUUGGCUGAACGGGAGGCAGCGGCUGCGGGCGCCCCGCGGCCCGCCUGGGUGGUGCCGGUGCUGUCCAGCGUGCUGAUCUUCACCACGGUGGUGGACAUCCUGGGCAACCUCCUGGUCAUCCUCUCUGUCUUCAGGAACCGCAAGCUUCGGAACUCAGGUAACGCAUUUGUGGUGAGCCUAGCUUUGGCUGAUCUGGUGGUGGCCUUGUAUCCAUACCCACUGGUGCUCUUAGCCAUUUUCCACAAUGGAUGGACACUGGGUGAAACACACUGUAAAGCCAGUGGCUUUGUGAUGGGACUAAGUGUAAUUGGCUCAAUUUUCAACAUCACAGCAAUUGCAAUAAACAGAUAUUGCUACAUAUGUCACAGUUUUGCCUAUGACAAAGUGUACAGCUGUUGGAAUACAAUGUUGUACGUCUCCUUAGUCUGGAUAUUAACUGUAAUUGCAACGGUGCCAAAUUUUUUUGUUGGCUCUUUGAAGUAUGAUCCACGCAUCUAUUCCUGCACGUUUGUCCAAACUGCAAGCUCCUACUAUACGAUAGCUGUUGUGGUCAUUCACUUCAUCGUCCCUAUCACCAUUGUCAGCUUCUGCUACCUUCGAAUUUGGGUUUUAGUGCUUCAAGUUCGAAGACGAGUCAAGUCAGAAACAAAGCCAAGAUUGAAGCCAAGUGACUUCAGAAACUUUCUUACCAUGUUUGUUGUUUUUGUGAUUUUUGCCUUUUGCUGGGCACCUCUAAACUUCAUUGGACUGGCUGUAGCCAUUGAUCCUACGGAAAUGGCACCAAAAGUUCCUGAGUGGCUAUUCAUUAUAAGUUACUUAAUGGCCUAUUUCAACAGCUGCCUUAAUGCAAUAAUAUAUGGUCUUCUUAAUCAGAAUUUUCGGAAUGAAUACAAGCGAAUUUUAAUGUCACUGUGGAUGCCGAGGCUUUUCUUCCAGGACACAUCCAAAGGAGGAACUGAUGGCCAGAAGAGCAAGCCUUCUCCAGCUUUAAACAACAAUAACCAAAUGAAAACUGAAACAUUGUAAAUGUGUAAUAGUCAAUGCAAGAGUUUGUCAUGGAGAAAACCAAGAUCAUAGUUGUAAUGUCUGGUCAUUCCUGCUUAAUUCUGGGGAGUUUCCACUUGGAUCACACUUUAUGACUGGAAUACUGUCUUCAUAGUAAAGCACAUUGCUCUGGAUUAGUGAUUUAUACAAGAUAUUAAUUGAAAACUUGUUUCAGAAUUAAAGCAGCAGGUGGGUGCAAGCUGUUUUAGUUCUGAGAGCUGAAUCCUGCUUCCAGACAAAUGAAUGAGGUAUUUUUUUACUUCAGCAGGAGUUUUGCAUUCUUUAUACAAGAUCAGGAUUCAUUUCUUUGAAGAUGUAGUGAGUCUAUGUGUUCAGCAGCUCAUCAAAGCUCUGGAGUGGUAUUUUCCUCCCUUCUGUGCAUGAACAGAGGGUGAGACAGACACUCUGUUAUUCACAUAUAAGCCAAACAUUGCAUUUCUGUGACAGUAAUGAUGUCUUUGAAUCCAAUUUGUAAACUGGAGAGAAGAAUAUUUGUGUAAAAGCAAAUAUUAACAUUAGAGACUUUCCUCCCAGCUUCUUCAUACCUACAUACAUUGAGAAUGGGAAUACGCUGUGUCUACUCGCUUCAUCUUUCGUGGUUAAUUUUAUGGUAGAUAAUGUAAUUUUUGAUUUCUCACAGAUUUACCUUACACAAUAUUAUUCCUUUAGAAAAUAUUGAAUUUUCAUUGAACUUCUUUUAUUUACCAAAAUAUCUAUAUAAAAUGUCAUUUGAUGCACUUUAGCACACCUUACACAGUUGUGACAGACUGGAAAUUAUAGCAUUUGACCUGUGAUCAUCUGGACUGGCAACUGUACACUAGACAGGAUAUCCUAGAUCAUCUCAAAUGAUGCUAGACCAAAAGAAGAAGCCCUUUUGACUAUAAUGGUAGCUGAUAUACUUGACUCACAUGUCUACAUCUAAUCUCGAACAAAACCCACUGCUGGUGUUUAACCUACUUCAACCUUCAAGGUUCCCUGUAGUGGAGACAUGUUUCCUUCCAUCUCUGAUGAUAAAUACACAUCCAAGGAUAAGAUUAAUUGUUUUUUGGAGAUGCUGGUCUCCUUUCACUGACUUUAAAAGCAGCUUUGAUGAAUAGUUCACACACCUAAUUUUGGAUAGCUAGAGAGGGAUUUAUCUUGCUUAAUUUGGGAUGAACCCAGUGUAGAUGUUUGCACACAAUCCAUUUUCUAAAUAUUCACAGUAGUUCUUAGAGUCCUAGAAAAUUAUUCCUUUAAUUUUGAAACAGAUAUCUUUAUUGAUCAGGGGAGCUCUCAGCUGAACUCAGUAACUGUACCUACACUGACUCUAAAAAAGAGCUCACAUGCUCUUUUUUAAGAGCAAGGACAGGUCAUCUUAAUUCCAUAAAUAGUUUACCUACACUUAAUAUUUGCAGUUCAUAAAAUAAAAGAUUAUUUUCUGCUUUAUUUUUAAACUCAGCUCAAAUUCCAACUGGAUUUCUGCUUUUCCAGGUAACAAAUUGUAACAGUGGCUGUGAAAUCAGAUAACAAUUUGGGAUAUACUCCAGAGCAUCAUAGUAAUUUACACAAUGUGGUUGUACUCUCUCUAAAUCAGAUUGGGAUCUGUGCACAAGCACACCAUCAAUGAGCUUACGUUAUCAUUAGGCUUGAAAUGCACAUUACUCUUUGCAUUUCUUAGCAAUGCUGUUUAGGGUAGUGGAGCUAGAUUUCUGGUAAAUCCAUGUCAGGUAUUGAAAUGGGACAAUGAGGAAUUCAGGUUGCUAUUACAUUCCAGUUUGGGUUUCCUGACCUGGCUAUUAUGAAAAAUAUUUCUGCCCUAAUAUUAAUUUGUACAGCAAAUACACUCCUUCUGAAGCCAUAAAGAUGUAUUAAACAUCACCCUUAUAUUGCUAGAGUGAUAGAAAAAUAUCAAAGAA